CCUUCGGCGGUGGGUGGAGCGCCACGGCCGCAUAAAAGCCGGAGUCCCCCCCCCCGUCAUCCUCAAUGCCAUUAUAGCGCGUGUGAGAAGGAGGAGAUACACUUAUUGUCAAGAACGCGGCUCGGAUUCUAAGCCUUCUUCCUCGCCAGUAGCUUGAAUCUACAGCCAACAUGAGUAAAGACACAGAGAUUGACCUGAAAGACGUGGAGCUGAAUGAAAUGGACCCGGAGAAGCAGCCCAUGACGGGCGAUGGACCGGCGGCGGGCAGCGAGAAGAACGGCAGUGUCAAACUGAAGGUUCCCGAUGACGAGGUCAAGUUCACUGGCUUGUCCAAGGAAGAGCUGAUGAGGGUUGCUGGAACACCAGGGUGGGUUCGACUCCGUUGGGUCCUGUUGGUGCUGUUUUGGUUGGGCUGGAUUGGUAUGCUGGCCGGAGCCAUAGUGAUCAUAGUCCAGGCCCCUCGCUGUAAACCCCUUCCCGAGAUGGGCUGGUGGAACGAGGGACCCCUUUACCAGAUUUCUAACCUGAUGGCUUUCUCUUCUGAUGGAAUCAAAGGUGUUGAGAAAAAGCUGGAGAGUGUGAACCAGUUGAAGGUAAAAGGUCUGGUUCUUGGUCCUUUCCACACCGUCCAGGCCGAGCAGCCAAACUCCCUGCACUUUAAAGAAAUUGACCCGAACCACGGAACCAAGGAGGACCUCCGCAUCCUACUGGACAAGGCCCACAAGAAGGGUAUCUCAGUGGUCCUGGAUAUGACUCCUAACUAUCUGGGGAAGGAGAAAUGGUUCAGCAAUGCUGCUGUGGCUGAUGUGCUGGAGCAGCUCAAGGAUGCAGCUGAGUACUGGCUUGGUGUGGGUGUUGAUGGCAUCAAGGUGCCCGAUCUUCAAACUGCCGUCGCCUCCUCUGAAUGGUCAAUGGUUCAGGCCACCAUCCAGGGCAACCGCACAAAUGAUGAAAAGAAGAGAGCUCUGAUAGGGGUGGUUGAGGGCAUAUCGGCCUUAAAUGUAUCUUUGCUCCUGAAUACUUCUGGUGUGGACCUCAUCCUGUCUGAUCUGCUCCGCACCAACGUUGGAGGCAUGGAACGAUCCAAGGCCAUUGACACCCUUAUGGAGAACAGCCAGUUCAAGCUGGGCUGGGGUCUGGGUGCUGCCAAAGGGGAUCACCUGUCCAAAGUGGUGGCGACUCCUGGCCUGGUCAGGCUGUACCAGCUGCUGCUUUUGACCAUGCCUGGAACCCCCGUGUUUACAUACGGAGAUGAGAUCGGCCUACAGGGUUCAGGUUCUCCCACAAUGCUUUGGGACUCGGAGGUAGAAACAGCAGAGGAAGCAGUGAAUCAGACGGCAGAGGCUGAGAGGAAGGAGCGUGUGGCCUGUCGGAGAUGGUUCAAAACUCUCAGUGAGCUCCGGGGCAAAGAGCGCUCCCUCCUACAUGGAGACUACUACCCCCUCCAGUCCUCAGCAACAUCCCUCGCUUUCCUCCGUCUGUGGGACCAGAGUGAGCGAUACAUUACAGCAGUCAACUGGGCCACCACCCCCACCACUCUCACACUGACACCCAGAGGUCAGUUGGAGCUACCAAAGCAGGCCAAAGUGACACUGUCCACUGAUCCUGAACUGAAAUUGAACUCCAUGGUAGACCUGAACAAAGUCACCCUGGGGCCCGGUCAAGGAGUUUUGCUACAGUUUCCCCUUGCUGCCUAAGGAGGACGCCAAGCUACUCAGCAGACCGGAGAAGACUAGUUCUGACAUGUUCUAAUUCAAGUUCACUUCUAGUCUUGGAUUGAGAAUAACGAAGAUACUACAAAAAAUUUAGAACUUUUUAUCAGCCACAAAUGCAGAUUUUUUUUUAGGUUAUUUAGUCAGGACUUAGAUGAAGCAAAGUGGUAAGACUAAUUACAUGCAGGAUAAGGAAAUCCAGGCCGGUAUGAACUGGGUAACAUGGAAACAGAUGGAAAUGCAGUUAUAUUUGCGCCAGUGGCGGCUGCUGCUUUAAAAAAAAUUCUGGGGGGGGGGCACAAUUUACCUUGGUGCAGUACACCUGACAGCUGCUUUAAUGUCCACACAGUCACAGAGUUAUUAAAAAGGACAAUGUAGCCUAUAGAUUUUAUCAGGGUUCGUAGACAGUCGUUGACAGUCGAGACGGGGUGUCAUGGUGGGUGUGAACAUGAUUGACAGCCACGAGAAUUGUCCAGUCACAUUAGAUAAAAAAAACAACUAUAUUAAAACAAUACCAAUUCGCUGCCAAUAAAAGUGGGAGCGUCUGGGGUACACAGAACUGCACCCCCUGGAAAAAAUGAAGAAAGCAAUUAGACAGCAACCUCAGGUCACCUACUCACCAAAAGUUUGAGGGCUUACAUAAGGUAUCGUUUGGCCGGCGCCCCUCACCCAGGAAGUAUGUGUAUUCAGACAGAAAUCAACCAAAUACCAUUUGAAUCAAUAUUUAAUGCUGCUGACAGGCGCUCACAGACUGAAAACACUUUUAUUUCAUAAUUAUUUGCAUUAUGCAACUAAAUUAUAUUUAACAUGUUUAAGUAGAUUUUCAUCUCUUGAUGUCUACUGGCCAGCCGCCACUGAUUUGCGUUAUGAGUGAGCUUGACAAUGAGCUCAGCUUUUGGAGGCAGUGAAAGCCAGGUUUUAAUGGGAAGACAUGUUUUGUAUGAGAAGAUGCACCUUUGUUUUCUGACAUGCACUCAUGAUCUCGGUACUUGUUUGCUCUCUUUUCUUGUUUUUUUGUUGUAGUUUUUCAGUGGCUUCUUAAGACAUUCCAUUCCUAUUUGUUUGGGCAUUGUUUUUUUAAAUCCUUUUAAAAAUGUUUUAAAAUGUUCUAGUAACGUUAUACUUGGAAAGAAUUUUCUCUUGCACUAAAAUGCAUGUAACCUGGAAAGAACAUGUUGGAGUAAACCUGCAACUAGACAACACGAAGGCCCGCAGCAUCAAGUCCUGACUGUAACCUGGAUGGGAUUGGAAACAAAUAAAAAUAAAAUUGUGGUUCUUAUAAA